CAUUUUGUGAUCACUGAUCUUCCCCCAACAAGAAAAUUCCCCCUACCCGCCCGAUAUAUACAUGCCGCCCAUGUACAAGCUCCGUCGCCCAUCGCCAGUUCGCCAUCCAUCCAACGACACCUCCUACUCCUCCUUGGCGGCGCCGGCGGCAAUGGCGAUCUCCUCCGGGCCGGCGGGCGCGGCCGCGGCGGCCCCGCGCCGCAGGAGCAGGUCGACGGUGCUCCUGAUGGCCAACUACGCCGCGCUGCUGGUCGGCUCCGUCGUCUCCAGCCUGCUCUCCCGGUUCUACUUCGAGCACGGCGGGCAGAACAAGUGGGUGGUCACGCUGGUUCAGUCGGCGGGGUUCCCGACGCUCGUGGUCGCCGUGUUCCUCGCCGGCCGGCCCGUUUCCGCGCCCCGGCCGUUUCUCUGGUUCUCGCGCCGGUUCCUGGCCGUGUGCCUGUUCAUCGGCGCCCUCAUGGGCGUCAACAACCUCCUCUUCGCCUACAGCUCGUCGCUCCUGCCGGUGUCCACCUCGUCGCUGCUGCUGUCCACGCAGCUCGCCUUCACGCUCGUCCUCGCCGUCGCCAUCGUCCGCCACCCGCUCACCUUCGUCAACCUCAACGCCGUCGUGCUCAUGACGCUCUGCUCCGUGCUCCUCGCGCUCCGGUCGGGGGACGCCGGCGAGAGCCCGGACCGGAAGGGGUACAUCCUCGGCUUCGUAGUCACGCUCGGCGCCGCGGGGCUCUUCUCCGCGUACCUCCCGGUGAUGGAGCUGCUGUACCGGGAGGCGGUCUCCGGCGGGUUCAUCCUGGCGGUGGAGGUGCAGGCGGUGAUGCAGGCCAUGGCGUCCGUGGUGGCGGCGAUCGGACUCGCGGCGACCGGCGGUUUCGGCAACGACGUGGCCCACUGGAAGGGGUCGCACGCCGUGUACUGGGUCGUGGUCGCAACGCUGGUGGUGACGUGGCAGGCGUGCUUCAUGGGCACCGCCGGCGUGAUCUACCUAACGUCGUCGCUCCACAGCGGCGUGUGCAUGGCAGCGGUGCUCACGGCCAACGUGAUUGGCGGCGUCGUCGUGUUCGGCGACCCGUUCGGCGCCGAGAAGGCCGUCGCCACCACGCUCUGCGUCUGGGGCCUCUCCUCGUACCUCUACGGCGAGUACACCAAGAGCAAGAAGAAAGCCGCCGCUGAUGAUCAGGACGACCACGACGACGCCAUCGUCCCCGCCGCCCAUGACGACGGCGAGCAGAAGAGCCUCACCGCCGGCAGCCGCGAGCCGGCAAGCGACGCCGCCGAAACCGUCUGAAGCAAACGGGGCAGCGCCGGCCGGCCACAGGGGGCACGUACGAACGAACGAACGAACGAACCAUGUGAUCGAUGAGUACGUUGCAACAAGAAUGCAAUGCAAACUGAAAAUUUCUUGGUACCCCGAGAAAGCGAAGUGGCAUGCAGUAUUGAAGAUGCAUUAGGUGUAGACGUGUCAUGUUACGUCGUGUAGGCAAAAGAGUUAUAUUUACAGCUUACAAGGAGACAAGAAUGGUGUGGUGAUGAUGACCGAUGCUUGUUUCGUGGGCUGCUAUGCUAUGUACGUAUCUUGGCGUCAGGAUUUAUCACCGAAUGGAUGCAUGUUGCACUUGCAUGGGUGUGUGAAAAACUUGCACAUUAAUGUAGUACGUACGUGCCAUCAACAGCGACAUGUCAUGCAUCCAUAUAUAUAUAUAUCUUGCGUGA